AUGGCGGUCGCUAAGAAGCUGGCUGCCAGCGUGUGCAACAACAUUUCUGCUUUGGUGUUCGGGCAGCGAUACGAGCUCAAUGACCCCAGGUGUCACUAUAUCGAGGGAUUAGUGAGCACAUUUAUGCGCUACGCAAGUGUUCUGUCGCUACUGGACUUCCUGCCAACAGUCCGCUCAGUGUGCAACUACAUCCCAUACACGAAGAUCUGCAUCUUGAACGACGUAAUGAAGAAUAUGAAGCAAGCUAUCAGGACGGAAGUGAAAAAACGAGAAAAGAACAUGGAAAGUUAUUUUGAAAGAGACUUUAUCGACGGCUACCUGAGGAAGACUGAAGAAAACAAGGGAACUAACUCGCAUUUUAACCUGGAUCAUUUGGAAGGAAACGCAAUCAACCUGUACGGUGCGGCCACUAACACAGUGCGGGCCGCCAUUCUGUGGAACUUGUACGUCGCCGCGAGUGACCCGGACGGCAUGCAGGCUCAAGUGCAGCAAGAGAUUGACACCGUGAUCGGCCGCGAGAAGCCGAUCGAAUGGGAGGACAGACGUAGUCUACCUUACACCAUGGCGUCUGUCCUGGAGACUCUACGGUGGAGGACAACGGCGCCUAUUGGAAUACACAGGAUCACCAUGAGUGACACCGAAAUUUGUGGAUACCAUAUCCCUGCCGGAACCUUCGUGAUAGCCAAUUUGUGGAGCCUGCACAAUGACUCCGCCCAUUGGUGCAACCCGUUUCAAUACGACCCGACACGAUUCCUGAAUUCUGAUGGCACAGAGCUCGCUGAGAAGCCACUGGCUUUCCUGCCUUUCAGCGUAGGUAAACGCGCUUGCGCUGGUGAGACGCUGGGUCUUAUGGAAGUGUUCUUGUACGUAGCGACGUUUCUUCAACACUUCAGGGUGCAGGGGCAGGACGGUACAGUCAUCUCCCUCGAACCAAGGAACGCUUUUAUUGCUGUCGUCAAUGACACUCAAAAACUGCGCUUUAUACGACGAUGAGCGAAUAUGUCCUCGUGAGGACGCCCAAUUUUUUUUUUUUUGGUGUCUAGAGAACAUCUCACUUUUCUACGAAGCAACAAGAACUUUGCUGAAGUUCAAAAUGACGGAGUGCUUAUUAUACAUAAAUAUGUCUUGUUAUCGCACUUACCUGAAGAGAACUUAUCAUGAAAAAAUUAUGGCAGCUUUGCACUAGUGGUGCCAAG